UAGCCUGCAUCCAGGCUCACUCCGCGGCAGACGACGAUCGCGUUCGUACGGACGUGAGCUCGCUUAACACGCGAGAUUAGAAUAUCGAUUUAAUUUAAAGUGAUCAUUUGGUGUUUUGUUUCUGAUGAAUAAUUUAUUUUGAGUGACAUAAGACCGUCAAGGCCAUGGGAUCCCAUAAAAUGUUAAAACGAAGUAUAUUGCUAUACGCAUUAUUUUUAACUCAAAUAUUAGCACAGAAAACAAAAACAACAGAUGACAAUCUACAGACAGUUCCAAGUGACCUCAGAAGAGCUGUUAGCGAGGCACUAGCUUUAGAGAGGAGGUUUUUAUUAGGAAGUAACGACGUGAGGAACUGUUCAUACGACGAGAUCAGCAAUACGCCAUGUCCCCCCAGCAAGUAUCGAAGCGCGAGUGGAGAGUGCAACAACGUUAGACAUAGACCAUGGGGAAGGCGAGGCGACGUGUUCCUUAGAUUAUUACAACCACACUACGCUGAUGGAAUAUCACAACCUUUCGCAAGUCCGAAGCUGCCGGAGCCAAGGCUGGCCGUCCAGGCAGUAUCGCAGUUGGCUGAAUCAGUCGGUCACGAUUACGUAACCAGCUUACUGGCUGCCUGGGGACAGUUUCUUAUGGAUGAUCUCAUUGCCACCUCUAAUCAGAACCAAAAGUGUGAAUCUGGUUGCGAAUAUGUUCGCUCAGCGCCUACAAGAAAUUACGAUUCCUGUGGAUUUGAAUACCGUGAUCAGAUGAAUUUAGCGACAUCGGUACUAGAUGGCUCUGCUCUGUAUGGAAAUUCUGAAAAAGAGCUGUUGUCUCUCAGACUAUACGAUGCUGGCAAAAUGGAUAUAUCCUCCUGCCGAAAAUGCAACGAAAAUUCACCUACCGCACCACUUUAUAAGGCUCUCUUGACUGAACACAACCGUAUUGCUGGCGAAUUAUUUUCGAUGAAUCCCUUCUGGGAAGAUAAUGCCCUGUUCUUAGAAGCAAGACGAACAAUAGCAGCAGUUAUUCAACAUAUUACAUACAAUGAAUUUUUGCCUGUACUUUUGGGCGAAGUUGGAAUGGCAAAAGCAGAUUUAAAACUAACCACCCACGGUUUCUGGCGUGGAUAUUCAAGUGCAAAUCGUGUCGGAGCUUAUGCGGAGCUUGUUGCGGUUGCACCAAUUUUUAACGCCAUGAUGAAUGAGAAACUUAUAAACACAACAAUUCUUCUAAAAGACUUGGUCAAGACCAGCGCUCAUCAAAUCUCAAGAUUCGCCUUAUCAGCUCAAUGGGAUCUUAACCGAGCUCGUGACCAUGGUGUACCUUCGUAUCUAAAAGUCUUGCAGCUGUGUGAUCCCAUGGCAAAUAUUAAGUCAUACGCUGACUUUGAAAAAUUAGGUUUUGACAGAAGACAUCAAGAAAUAUUCGCUGAUAUGUAUAGAAACGCUGAAGAUAUUGAACUGAUGGUAGCUGGAGCCAUGGAGAAACCAGCUACUGGCGCAGUUAUUGGGUCUACCUUAGCAUGUGUAUUAGCACUCCAAUUUGGAAACCUAAAGAAAAGUGAUAGGUUUUGGUAUGAAAAUGACAUUCCUCCAUCAUCAUUUUCAAUAGAGCAGUUAGCAGCAAUCAGAAAAGUAUCCAUUGCUGGACUUUUAUGUUCUGCUGAUGAAGGACUUGAUAAUGUGCAACCUAGAGCUUUCGUAAAGGAAGAUACAUUCUUAAAUGCAGCCCAACAAUGCUCUCAACACCCUCGGCUGGAGCUUUCUUCGUGGCGCGAUGAAAGUGGUGCCCGGGCUGCAGAGCGCCUCUCACAAGACAUGCUGGCAGCUGCACUUCAGAAGGCAAAGCAGGAGAUGGCUGACCGCAAGAAACUGGAGUACAUGUUAUGGGAAGCACAUGGAGGAGCCGACCCAAAAUCUCCUGUCGGCACAGCUGCAUCUUUCUCUAAAGCAAAUAAAUAUGCCCUUAAAUUGGCAAACACCUCCUUAUUCUUCGAAUUCGCUACUAACGAACUCGUUAACUCUCUUAAUGGACGACGACGCAAACGUCAGAUUUUCGAUGACUCCCUCGGCUUUGGAUCAACCGAUUUUGUAGAGUCUCUUCAAUCAGUAGACGUCAGUGGUUUUCUAGGGCAGGACCAACUUGGGCCGGUUAUUGAACCGCAGUGCGAUGAUAAUGGAAACUGCGAUCCUGAUAGUCCUUUCCGAAGCUACACUGGCCACUGUAAUAAUUUGAGAAAUCCUAAUUUGGGAAAAAGUUUAACAACCUUCGCGAGACUGUUACCUCCUGUUUAUGAAGAUGGUGUAAGCCGGCCCCGCAUCAACUCAGUAACAGGCACCCCGCUACCUUCCCCCCGUAUAGUUUCUACGGUCAUACAUCCCGAUAUAUCAAAUCUUCAUACGCGCUACACUUUGAUGGUGAUGCAGUUCGCCCAAUUCCUGGACCAUGAACUGACAAUGACUCCCAUUCACAAAGGCUUCCACGAAUCUAUUCCGGACUGCAGAUCUUGCGACUCUCCCCGUACAGUGCAUCCAGAAUGCAACCCUUUCCCAGUACCUCGCGGUGACCAUUAUUAUCCAGAAGUUAACAUAACUUCCGGAGAACGAUUAUGUUUUCCAUUCAUGAGAAGUUUACCAGGACAGCAGCAAUUAGGACCGCGUGAACAAGUCAAUCAAAAUACAGCUUUCAUUGAUGGAUCGGCAAUUUAUGGAGAAAACCCUUGCAUUGUUCGUAAACUGCGAGGUUUCAAUGGCAGGCUCAACGCUACUGCAAACCCGAUUAAUGGAAGAGAUUUGUUGCCUAGAACAGAUAACCACCCUGAAUGCAAAGCAGCCAGUGGUUUUUGUUUUAUUGCUGGUGACGGUCGAGCUUCAGAACAGCCUGGACUCACGGCUUUACACACAAUCUUCAUGCGCGAACACAACCGCAUAGUUGAAGGACUUCGUGGUGUCAACCCUCAUUGGGAUGCGGAAUUAUUAUUCGAACACACUAGGCGUAUAGUUGCUGCCUCAUUCACACAUAUCAUUUAUAAUGAAUUUUUGCCAAGACUUUUGUCUUGGAACGCUGUUAACUUGUAUGGACUCAAAUUAUUACCUUCAGGUUACUAUAAGGAAUACUCUCCAACCUGCAACCCGUCUAUUGUAACGGAAUUUGCAGCAGCCGCCUUCAGAUUUGGUCACUCGUUGUUGAGACCACACUUACCGAGACUCUCACCUUCCUAUCAACCAGUUGAUCCACCAAUAUUGUUGAGAGAUGGAUUUUUCAGACCUGACAUGUUCAUGAAUCAUCCACCAAUGGUUGACGAACUUAUUCGUGGUUUAUCUUCCACGCCCAUGGAGACCCUUGACCAAUUCAUAACAGGAGAAGUUACCAACCAUCUAUUCGAAGACCGGAGAAUUCCGUUUUCGGGUAUAGACUUAGUAGCUCUUAAUAUCCAAAGAGGUAGAGAUCACGGUAUACCGAGUUAUAACAACUAUAGAGCUUUGUGUAACUUAAAGAGAGCAGCAACUUUCGAAGAUUUGGCGAGGGAAAUUCCCGAUGAAGUAAUUGCGAGAUUUAAGCGAAUAUACGCUACAGUAGACGACAUUGAUCUAUUCCCUGGUGGUAUGAGCGAACGACCACUACAGGGCGGUCUAGUUGGACCCACCUUCGCCUGCAUCAUCGCUAUACAGUUCAGGCAGUUAAGGAAAUGUGAUCGAUUCUGGUAUGAGAACGACAACAGAGCAGCUCGCUUCACCGAACAACAAUUGUCGGAAAUUCGCAAAGUAACAUUGUCCAAGGUUCUAUGUGACAAUUUCGAUUUGCCAAGCGACAUUCAACGCGCCUCUUUCGAUCUACCUAGCAACUUUUUGAAUCCUCGCGUGCCAUGCGCGUCCCUUCCAAAACUGGACCUUUCCGCAUGGCGUGAGAGCUCAGCGCAGGGCUGUCUCAUCGCGGGUCGCUCGGUACGACUUGGUGACUCCGCCUUCCCUUCGCCCUGUACAUCGUGUAUAUGCACCGUUGACGGGGCGCAGUGCGCAUCCCUACGCAUCACGGACUGUGCACAGCUAUGGCGUGAAUGGCCACGAGAGGCUGUGCUAAGAGAUGAUGUAUGCACAGCACAGUGCGGCGCCGCCCCCGCCGGUCAGAGAGCGCCGCGGAGACCACACGCUCAUUUCAAAUUCCCCGAUCUUACACCAUUCAUCGCUAAAUAGUUAUCACAUGCAACACCGACUUUCAACAUGCUUGGUUUCAACUCCAAAGGACUCAUACGGUAUAAAAAAAAUGAAUGUUCGAAAUAUAUUUACAUUUAAAAAUAUAAAGGCAUAACUUUUAUGUUAAUGUUGCGUAUGGGACAUCUGUUAAACACCAUACUAUACUCAACUCAAUCAACCUACGGACAUUCAUAACAAAAUAUACACCAGCGGAUAGAACGUCCUAUUUUUUAAAGUCGGUUAACAUUGAAUGUAAACCCCCCUCCCACCAUUUUUUAUCGUAAAUCUUAUUUAAAAUUAUACCAAGUGCGAAACAGAAGACAAUUCAUUGCCUUUUCGAUCAUUUUCAAUUGUAGAUUCAACAGAUUAGCUUAAAAAAUAACGCAUAUCAUUCCGUAGUUUUCAAAUGCUUAUAAUCAAAGAGAAUUCUUCAAUGUGAAGUAUUAAUUAAUCUUUAUUAGUUUUAUAUAACAUAUUAGUAAGUGACAUAAUAUGUGACAAAACAAUUCUGAAGUUUACGUGAAUGCGAGCAAAAGUUACGAUGCUAUUUAUAUUAAUUUAAUUAAUUAAUGUUAAUUUUUUGCAAUAUUUUUUAUUUAAAGCAAGUGUUAGAUGUUAAUUAACAUUUCUUGUCAUAUAAUAUGGGAGUAUUGCAUUUUCGUUCCUGAGAAUAGCUUGUUACGUAAAUAAAUAACGCAAAGUAAAACCGGUGCUAUUAUUAUUAUAAAAAUAUACUGGUUUUUAUAAGAAGCUUUUAUUAGGAUUCGAUUUUGGUGAAAUCUUAAAAUGUCUAAUAUCAAAAAAGAAAAUGGUCAUAGUGUAAAUUGUUUUUAUAGAACUCAGACAAAAAAAUAUAUAAUUCGUAUAUAUUCGUAUGUAUACAUAGUACGGUGUAAAAUUAAUUAUUUUUUAACUUAAAAUCACGUGUUUCAUGUCUGACUUAGAAUAUUAACGGCCAUCAAAAGCUUUAAAUGAAAAAAAUACAAAUUAAUUUAAGAUAAUGUAAGCCAGAAUCAUACCAGACAACUCAUUUUACCAACCGAUGUUACCAUUAUACCACGUAGAUUUAAUAAGUACUCUGUAUAAGUAAUUGUCACUGCCUAGUUUUAUAUAGAUGUAAGCUUGUAUAAAUUAUUUUUGUAAAGUAUUGGCGUAAUUAUUUUUAAAUAGUUUUUUUUUACAAACCAAUUGUAAUAAAUAUCUAGACUAAA